AUGCAAUUCCUAUCGCUCCUCGCCGGAGCCUCAGUUCUGCUCACACCAGUCCUCGCCCAAACAUGGACGGCCUGCAAUCCUAUGAAUGCGUCCUUGACCUGCCCGCCUGACCCUGCUCUCGGUCUCAAUCACACUUUCUACUUCAACACCUCGACUGCUGUCGACCAAGCUUUCAAUGUCACCGCUGGCACCCUCAACUAUGGCAACAAUGGAGCCGAGUUCACCAUCGCCCAGAAAGGCGACUCCCCCACUAUCCAAUCCCAAUUCUACAUCUUCUUCGGCUCUGUAUCCGUCAUAAUGCGCGCGGCGCCCGGCCAGGGCAUCAUCUCUUCCAUUGUGCUCCAAUCCGACGAUCUCGACGAGGUGGACUGGGAAUUUAUCGGCGGCAAUGCUACAUAUGUAGAAACCAAUUACUUCGGCAAAGGCAACCUCUCUUCCUAUGACCGUGCCGUCUACUACCCCGUCUCUUCCGAUACGCGAGAUAACUUCCACAAUUACACCACCCAUUGGACUGCGGAAAAGCUGGAAUGGUAUAUUGAUGGCGCGCUGGUCAGGACGCUCCCGUAUGCUGCCGCGGAUGGAGGCUACAAUUAUCCCCAAACACCCAUGACUGUUCGUCUCGGAAUCUGGGCCGGCGGAGACCCCACCGAGAACCAGCCAGGGACCGUCGAAUGGGCUGGUGGUGUCACGGAUUACUCCAAGGGGCCUUUCACCAUGUACGUGCAAAGCGCCACGGUCAAUGAUUUCUCCACUGGCAAGGAAUACGUAUACAGCGACCACUCGGGCAGCUGGCAGAGUAUUAAGACCAUUGCCGGCAACUCCACAGUAGCACACAAGCUCACCGCACCUCCCCCUGAGACCAUAGCCCAGAAAUGGGCCAAGCUCCCCACGGGCGCCAAGCUCGCCGUCUACUGCAGCGCCGGCGGCGUUGCUGCAUUGGCGCUGUCCGUCCUGUUAUUCACCUGCAUCCGCCAGCGACGCGCCGGACGCCGCGAGCGGGAGGCCUACAACGCCAAGGUGGAGAAGGAGCGUGACGAUGCAUACCGCGACCAGAUGGAGCUCCGCGAGAAGGGCCUCGGAGGAUGGGACAACAGCACGCAAGGCGAAGACGCCCUAGGCGGCUGGGGAGGGAGCCACUCGGGAUCAGACGAUGAAGCGCGUGCUCCCCUGACGUCAAAAGGACCGAACAUAUCAUCCUACGAAGUCCCAUCCCCAUCGCGAAGCACCAGCCCUGGCCUCUCGCGCAUGGCGAGCCCCGGCCCGGUCGUGCUCUCACCACAGCCGCAGAGCGCACACGCGUGGGCCGGAGACAACCAAAGCAUGAGCGGCGGCGGUGGCUACGGGAACAACAGCAACACCAGCCCGCGGAGCCCAACUUUUCCCCUGACCUCGCAAUCGCCACAAUACGGGAGUGGCUCCUCCAAAGGCGGAUAUCACCGCUUUUAA